GGGACACCUCCCCGCCCCCCACCCCAAACACACCCACAAGGUGUCCCGUGAUCGCGAUGGUGGAAACCCACGUACCCGCACGCGAGCCGCCGGUUCGAAAGCAAUGAAUGGGUCUCCCGCUGCAGAGCAGCACGUUUAGCUCCGCUCCCAUACUCGAACGGCAGCCUCCUACUCCGGUUUUGCCCCGGGGUCUCGGAGCGGGGGGGCGCUUUUUUUUUUAACCCCACCCCCAGCCAUGUUCAACCAGCAACAGCAGCAGCUCCAGCAGCAACUGUUGCAGCUCCAGCACCUCCUUCAGCACCAGCCUCAGCACCAGCCUCAGCAGCAGCAAGCAAGCCGGUGUGUGAUACCAUCACAGCAGCAGCAGCAGCAGAUGUUGAACCUGCGAGCUACUAGUCAAGCCUCGCUCCUCAACGCCAACCCCAUGCUCCAGCGGGCCCUGCUCAUCCAGCAGAUGCAAGGUAACUUGAGAGGCUUCAACAUGGCCGCGGCCCCUGUGCUCCAGCAGUUCUUUCCGCAGGCAACAAGACACUCCCUUUUGGGUCCGCCACCUGUUGGGGUCUCCUUGAAGCCCACUCGCCUGGCUUUCCCUGGGGGCCUCCCUUUUCAGCGGCAGAAUCAGACUUUUCGCAAGGACUUCUCAAGGACCUCUGAGAGGAAACGGGAGGCGGAUUCUGCAACUUCCUCCUCUCAGGGCCAAGGAGCGGAUGAGAGCCUGCCUGCGCUGGAUAUGCCUAUCAUCAAAGAGGGGUCUGAGCAGCCGAAUUCUCCACCUCCAGAGACUCUGGCAGAAUCCUCUUCAGCCGACGAGCCGGCAGCCAAGCGUCUCAGAAGGGAAGCUGAGGACACAAUCCCAGAAGAAGCAGUAUGUCUUCAGCAAGUGGAGGAAUCCAACACAGAAUCCCACCUGGAAGAGGCAGACAAUGGGAACGAGAAUCUGGCUGCAGAUACUUCCAAGGAAAAGAACAUUUCUGGAGAGCUGAAUAUUUCGGAGGUGGUCAGCUCUGCAGGCUCCCUGAAAGUCACUAUUCAGCAGAGCAGUGAGAACCGAGCCAUCAGCACCACAGCCCUAAAGCCAGCCUUCUGGACCUCUGAGAUGGGGACAGCCGGAGGCAGCCCCGAGGCUACCCUGAAAUUCUACUGUUACAUAUGCAAGACUAACUGUUAUAACCAACAGAAUUUCCAGGCUCACAUGGCCGGAGCUCAGCACCAGCAGCGACUUCGGGAGAUCCAGCACAUGAGCAACAUCUGCCUUGUCUCGUUGUUGCCUGUGGUGAAGGAGCAGAAACCACUGGCUGAGAAAGAUGGAGAGAGCCAGCAGCAGCGGUGGUGUAACACCUGCCAGAUACAUUUUACAGGUGACCUGAUCAAGCAUCGUCGGACUCAGGAACACAAGCUUGCCAAACGCUCCCUCCGACCCUUUUGCAUGGCGUGCAGCCGGCACUUCAAGACCCCGCGCAAGUUUGUGGAGCAUAUGAAGUCUCCAGAGCAUAAGCAGAAGGCCAAAGAGGUGAAGUUGGGGGAGAAGGAGCAGGCUGGGCCGGAGGAUUCUGAGGAGCUCAUAACAGUCGAUGCUGUUGGCUGCUUUGAAGAUGACGAGGAAGAAGAGGAGGAAGAAGAGGAGGAGGAAGAAGAAGAAGAGGAGGAGCAGCAGCAGGGAAAUGCUGGAGAAGAGGGAGCCCCUGAAGUUGGGCAGCUGGAUAAGGAAGAGUCUCUCAUCAAGCAGGAAGCAGCACUGGAAGAUUCUGGAGGGAGCGAGGAGUACUGUCCAGAUACCAUCUAUGGCCUGGAUUUUCUGGUCCCUGUGGCAGGCUUCCUCUGCCGGCUGUGCAACAAAUUCUGCCGUAACGACUCUGCUGCCCAACUUGCCCACUGCAAAUCCCUGAUGCAUUUUGAGAAUCUCCAGCGGUACAAAGCCACGAGACUCCAGCCUGCUACUGCAUUUGUGGACAAAUCCAAUAAUCCCCAGCAGGAGCUGAGUGGCCUGCAGACUCCGACUCCUCCUGCUGCUGCUCCUGCUCCGGCUGCUGCUCCUGCUCCGGCUGCUGCUCCUGCUGCCAUUGACAAGAUGGAUUGUAAAACAGAGGCUCCUAGUGUAGGAAAGCAAAUUACAGUGUUAAUGGAAGCAUGUCAGUCUUCAGGAGAAGAGGCUUCCGCUGCAGAUCAGAGGCACAAUUUGAAUAGAUGAUGUGUGUGGAGCGCUGCCCAUCGUGGAGGAGGUGAAAGGGCCAUCUCCCGGCUGCUAGCAAUAGCUCUUUGGGGAGACAGGCCGCUGCUGCUGUAGGAAAGGAUCAGGACUUCCUGUGAAGGUGAAAGAGUUCCAUGGUUGAAGGGAGGGUCUCGGCAGAUGCUGGAGCAGGUGCAUCUGUAAAAGGCUGAGGCCAGGGAAAUGAAGCGGACGCCCUCUUUUCAUCACAGCUGGUUGGCUAGGUAGAGGGCCAGAUGAAGCUGCCUAUUUGGUGGGGGGGGGGAGCUUAAUUCGUUUAAUUUUUUUUCUUUUGCUGGAAAAGCCUUAUUCCUUUUCUGUCCCGCCCCCCACCAUCUUUUCCCCCUUGUCAUCUCCUUUUAGAGAAAUAAAAGUAUGCUGUAAUUUU